AUGCUGGGGCUAGGUACGAGGUCCGCCUCAGAGGAGGGCGAGGCCAUUUUGAACCUUCCACGCAUUCAACGAGAUGGUCUGAUUGCCAUUUCAAUUCUUGCAACAAUCUCUCUAAUCGCCACUUCGUCUCUGCUGGUUUUCUUCACCUAUCGCAUGAUCUUCUGGACGAAAUACUACAAACGGUACAUCGGAUACAACCAGUUCGUCGUCCUCAUUUACAACCUCAUUUUAGCCGAUUUCCUCCAGGGACUGGGUUUCAUCAUCAGUCUUCGCUGGAUUGCUACCAACUCCGUUAAAGCCUCGGAUCCAGCAUGCUUCCUUCAGGGAAUAUGGCUGCAGGUUGGUGAUCCUAUGAGUGGGCUUUUCGUCCUCGCCAUUGCCGUCCAUACAUUUCUUUCGGUCAGCAUGGGAUAUCAACUCGAACACCGAAUUUUUGUCGCCUCAAUCGUGGGUCUAUGGGUGUUUGGUGUACUGAUGGUCAUCAUUCCCAUCGCAACAUACGGGCGAUAUGUUUGGUAUCCUGCCGUUGCUUGGUGCUGGAUGACGCCCAAGUACGAAGCAAUGCGUCUCUGGACCCAUUAUUUCUGGAUUUUCGCUGCUCAAUUCUUUACCAUCGUCCUCUACGCAAUCAUGUUCUUCCAACUCCGUACAAAGAUCGCCGAAUCCGCCAUUCUAGGCCAAAGGAACUCUGAGAGUCUGCGCCGGUUGAAGAAGGUGAUCGCCCAUAUGGCCAUGUAUCCGAUCGUCUAUAUUAUUGUGUCAUUGCCUCUUGCAGCGGGGCGCAUGGCCUCCGCACAUGGAGACUCGCCUAGUGUCGUUUACUUCUGUGUUGCAGGUUCUUUUAUGGCGUGUUCAGGAACCUGCGAUGCACUAAUGUACACCCUCACGCGGAGGAGUAUUGUCCUCGAGCCAGAGGCCAAGGACGAGAACAGCUAUCCGAAUAACACCAGCGCAAAGAAAUCGUAUGGUGGUACGAUGGAUGAUAAGACGGCAACAUCUACCGCAAACGCCGUUAAGGGCGGGGUGUUUUCUCGUACCCGGAGUGACUCCACCGAGGAAAUGAUUGGGAAGGGAGACGUUGAGCUAGCACCGAUGGGCAUGGUGUAUCAGCAUACUACCAUUGAAGUCACCCACGAACCUGCAUACCCCGACGAUUCCAAUGGCAACGCCCGGGUGAACAGGAGGGAUUUUCAUGACUUCAACUAA